AGAGAUGUACAACUGUUCUGCUGUUUAUUUUAUUAUUAUCAUAGUAAUGAUUUCACUAUUAUUAAUGAGAAAAUAACGCGGAAGUUUUUUAGCGCCUUGUCACGUGAUCGUCAGCAUCCAUGGCAACGGUUCUUUUUGUGUUGUUUUGAACUUGCUCUGUCAUUGGCAUCUGAUCUCGGCGUCCUUCGUGGCAACUGAUUCCCAGAUUAUUGAUAUUAUUGAUUGUUGGAUACAUCGAUUGAUCGCCUGCUUCUCCCAUCAUUCAGGUUUGACCCUUGUUAUCACACUGUGUUUUGUGUUUAGUAUGUCUUGUGUUCAUUACAGGUUUCAGAGUCGACUCACCUACGACUCGCUCCAGUUUGAGGGCCUCAACAUCACUGUGGGAGAGCUGAAGCGGCAGAUCAUGAGGCGCGAGAGGCUGAAGUUCUGCCAGCUGAAGAUCAGCAAAGCCCAAACUGAUGAAGAAUACACAGAUGAUGAUGCUCUCAUCCCCAAAAACACGUCGGUCAUCAUCAGACGGGUCCCUGCGGCUGGACUGAAGUCCUCCAACAGAAGAUUUGUUGGACAUCAAGCUGGACCAUCAGCUAAAUCUUCUCAAACAGGUGAUUCUUCACUCCUCUCACUGGAGCAGCUGUUGAAGACUGAGAAUUUGGCUGAGGCAAAGGCAUCAGAGGAGGACAAGCUAAAAGCGGUGAUGUACCAGUCCAGUCUGUGCUACUACUCCAGCAGUGAGGCCAUGACACUGCUUGGGCUUCUUCCACCCAACUAUGUCUGCUUUCACUGUGGGAUCCCAGGACACCACAUUAGGCACUGCCCCUCUAAAGGGGGCAGCAGCUCUGCUUCGCACAAGCGCAUCAGGAGGAGCACAGGGAUUCCCCGCAGCUUCCUGUUGGAGGUGGACGACCCAAACCGAAAGGGAGUCAUGAUGGACGGCAGCGGCAAAUACGUCAUUCCCAUCAUAGACGCUGAGGCCUAUGCUGCUGAGAAGAAAAAGAGGCCGUCCUUCUCCUGCCAGACCAAGCCGCUGCCCUCCUCUUCCUCAGCUGGUGCAGCAUCUUCAGUCCAGGACGCCAGAGGGAAACGUUCCCGCUCCCCAUCUCCACCAGAGACGCACGGCGACCAGAAGAGACCACGUCACUGAGAGACCUUCACCCAAGAGACCUGGAGCCGACGUGAGCACAGUGUAUAUAUUGUACAUAGUUUAUGAAUAAAACUGAAUAAAGAUUAUAGCAGCA